UUAACCAUUUUACUAUUACCUCCUAUUAUCUGCUCCCAAACUUCUGUAACAUUAAUUAUUUCAAUAAUUAAUAAACCAACACAAGCGGCCACAUUUUAAUGAGCAACUUGAAAAAUGAGAUUCGAAAAUUUUAUAUCAAACAAAAGCAAUAGAUAAGUCCUUUUACAAUAAAAUAAUAUUUAAAAAGGAAAGAUGUAAAAGCAAAGACGCAAAAACAAAUCAUGAAUAUGAACGGCAAAAUUGACAUGACAAUCAACCUUUUGCCCUAAUCCAAUUACCCAUCAAUUCUCUGACUCGCCAAUCAGAGCUCUCACAACGAAUACACGACUGUCAGACCACUCAGUGCAUCUCUCGACCUCGUACAGGUCGAUUGACUGAAGAAACCACCGACCAAACACUAACAAAACAAUACAGGACUAUUCCCACCUCUGGUUCCCACCGCUGCUACUCCUAAACACUAUGAAGUGCCUAUACUUCUUUUUUUCCGUGGCGGUAACCCAGGGCUUCAUGACCAGGGUAACCAGAGAGGUCAAAGACAUCCCAGCGCCGACCCUGGCGCACAUCGAUUUGAUAGACGAUCCCGGGUUAGCGUUCAUAGUGCACUGGACUCCGGUGGCAUCCCCUGACGGUGCAGACCCAAUACUGGGAUACAAGGUAAAAGUGUGGGAAAAGCCAAAGGUUUCAACAUUCGAGUAUGAAGCAUUAAGGGGCGCCAAAAGUUUGGUAGACAAACUCGCUCCAGUCAAGUUGUUAGACUCGAGCCAAGAACCCAAGUUCAAGCCAAGGGAGAUCGUGGUCAACGGAGCUGACAAGUCCACCGCCAUGUGCGAGGGCAUUGAGACCGAGACCCCGUACGAGGUCCGGGUGCAGGCCUUCAGCAGGGCCGGGGACGGAGCCCUGUCGCAGCCGCUGAUGGUGCAGAUCUGCAAGGACUGCGACAGUAAGAGGAAUUUGUAUACGGUUGUGUAAGAACGUGAUUGUAUUUGGUAGUAUUUUCGUGGUUUCAGGUGUAUCGUGAAAUAAAUGAGUUUUCA